GGAUGUGCUUUUAUACGUGUUGAUGGACUUUUCUAAACCUGGAACCUAGAGUGAAUCCCGUCAGCUUCUUUAAGCCGUUUCUUUUUCUUUUUUCUGUUCGCCAUUCCGAUGAGUGGUGCGUAAAGUCGGGCAAUCCGUGCGCACUUUCGUUAAUCGUGUUUUUCUUUUACCUUUUUCCUUUUUGGAGAAAAAUGCUCCGUUAUUGAGGCGCAAAAGUUGGAGAAAAGUUGGGACAAAUUAGUCAAACCGCCUCGGUCUUCACAUGAAUCCACGCGUUCAGUGCGCACCUUCACUUCUAUUGAUCCAUCCUUGCCUGAAUUAGAGAUUGGAAAAGGAUUCAGCGGAAUGUUAAAGAACAACUAUAGGCAAUUACCUGUAAUAACUUGUUGAACGAGAAGCUCGCCUCAGAAGCGCUUUGAAAUGAUGCUCCCAGCGGCAGGCAUGGUGGCAAUCAAAGGCAAAAUAACUGAAUGGAAGCUUAUUAUUGCCUGAAGACUCUCAAACACAAGUACAAGAUGAUGCCAUUGUUCCUUAAUGCUCCAUCACACUUUUCAAAGCAGAAGUUAAUUUAGAACAUCCUCAGUGGUUACCACCUGUUCUAUGAAGAAGCAGCAGCAUUGAAGUUCCCCCCCCUUCCCCCCCAAAAAAGAAAUUAUAUUGAGAGGAACCCUAAAGAAACUAUAAAGAAGACCAGCAAUGCUUUGGCCUAUAUUGUUCACUCUGCAGGCUGUGUGCACCGGUGUGACACAUGCUAUGCAACAUUACCCCGCGGCCUGGGGACACUAUGACGUGUGCAAGUCCCAGAUCUAUACGGAGGAGGGCCUGGCGUGGGACUACAUGGCCUGUCAGCCAGAAGCCACCGAUAUGACAAAGUACCUGCGAGUUGCCCUCGACCCUCCAAAUAUCACAUGUGGAGAUCCGCCGGAAAUGUACUGCGCUUUGGAGAAUCCGUACAUGUGCAACAAUGAAUGUGACGCUGCCACCGAGGAGCUGGCUCACCCUCCUGAGUUGAUGUUCGACUUUGAGGGGAGAAACCCCACCACCUUUUGGCAGUCCACAUCAUGGAAAAAAUACCCAAAGCCUCUGCAGGUCAACCUCACGCUCUCGUGGAACAAGACGGUUGAACUGACCGACGAUAUCGUCCUCACCUUUGAGUCGGGCCGGCCGGAGCAGAUGGUCCUGGAAAAGUCACUGGACUACGGCCGGACCUGGACCCCGUAUCAGUUCUACGCCACCGACUGCCUGGACGCUUUCACCAUGGAACCCAAGACAGCGACUGACCUCACCCAACGCACCCUACUGGACAUCAUUUGCACAGAGGACUACUCCCGAGGCUACGUGUGGAAGAAUGACAAGACCGUACGUUUUGAGAUAAAGGACCGCUUCGCUCUGUUUGCUGGACCUCAGCUGCAUAACAUGGCCUCUCUAUACGGCCAGCUGGAUACCACCAAGAACCUGCGGGACUUCUUCACCAUCACUGAUCUGAGGAUUAGGCUGCUGAAGCCGGCCACCGGAGCCACGAUGGUGGACGAGAACAACCUAUCCAGAUACUUCUACGCUAUUUCUGACAUCAGAGUGCAGGGCAGGUGCAAGUGCAACCUGCAUGCCAACAGCUGUGUGUUUGACAAGGGGAAGCUUGGCUGUGAGUGUGAACACAACACCACAGGGCCAGAUUGCAGCCGCUGUAAGAGGCAUUAUCACGGAAGAGCCUGGAGCGUGGGGUCCUACCUUCCAAUACCCAAAGGAACUGCAAAUAUAUGCAUUCCCAGUAAUCAUGGACCAGUGCAUCGAGCAAAUGCUUCAUCUCUUGGUGUUGCAAAUCGUAACCAAGCGAGGGUGUGCGACAACGCGAUGCUGCGCUGUCAGAACGGCGGCACGUGCCACCACCAUCAGCGGUGCCACUGCUCCCCCGGCUUCACGGGCGUCCUGUGCGAGAGGCCUCGCUGCCAGGGACCCGGAGACUGCGACGACCAGUCGUCCGGACGAGCGGCGCUCCAUCACCACUCCAUCGGCCACCGGCUCGGUCUUUUCCUAGCAAUGCUCCCACUGUCGGCUCUUGCCUUUUGCUGAGAAACCUGAACCAAAUCUUCAACCAAAACCGUAAAACACCAACAGAUGCUGAGACUGAACUCUCUACCUUUAUGAAUAUAAACGAACAAGGAAACGCGUGGACAGUGUUCUCGGCAUACAGCGUAAGCGACUCUUUUGUAAAUCCAAGGCCACGUUGGUGGGUGGUGAGGAAAUAAGAGCAACAUGUCAUGCACAUCCGUGCAUGGCAUGUUUUAAAGAUAGAAAGAUUUAUGAAAGGCUUGGUGAAGUCACUGUUAUUUUAUAAUUUCACCGAAGAAAAUGUUGGCGCCUUUGCUUUGUUGUGUCAUCGUCUAAUAUCCCAUUACAGGCAGACUCCGCUCGGACAAAACGAACGAGCUGCAUUCCGAUAUGUGACAAACUGUGUAAAAAAACUAGACACGUGAUUUUUAAGUAUCAUCUGAAAUUAUUAGAAAAUAAUAUCGUGGACGGGGGACAUCUUAAAGCAGCUUGCUUCACUGCCUUUCUCCUUACCCGUCCAACCUCUUCUUCUCUUUUCCUUCUUUCCCCUCACUCCUCCGCUUCUCGUGCUUUAGUGCCCCUGGUGAUUUUACUUUCCUGAAGGGUGUCUGUUAUUUUGCCAAAUGCUGCACAUGUAUUACUAUCGAUCCUCUUGCAAGUACCUGUCUAGUACUUUUUCUUUUUUCAGAGGCUUUGUAUUCUUGCUUGAGCUCACCUUUACGGGAAACAAACAACAAGAAAAAAAAUUCAACAAAAAAAAACAAGUUGUAACAUACUGUAACUGUAUUUAAUUUUGUAUAAAAAACAGAUAUUUUCAUGACUACGCAAAACAAAAAGAUGUAUUACUUGUUUUCUAUUGCUGCCGACCCGUCCUACAGUAGAUGUGGACUAUGAGUGACUAAGGAACCUGAUUGUGUUAUGAUUUGCUUGUGUGGUAUAACGGUUCUUUUCAUUCCAGAGAGGCUGUCAGAAAUAUGUUUACAUACGCACUCACGUAAUACACUUCCACCAAAGCGGAAAAGAUAAAAAGCACCUAUUUGUCUUGUUGUUGAUUAGUAGUCAUUUUUAUGCAGCGGUAAGAUGACGAGAUGUAAGAAAGAAAUCUUGUAGAUUAGUGCAAGCCAGUGACAACAGCUGAAUGUCAUUUUUUAAAGUGUUUUGUUUUUAAAAGAUAUCAUUUCCAAAAAAUUGCCCAUUUCAUUCAAGUACCAGUUAUCAGUCUGGGCUGGAAAAAAGCAGCUCUGUUGUGCUCAUGAAAUGAAGGAGAAUUAAAAGAAUUUCAAGCCAAAAUCUCAUCAACUUUAUGUAAAUUUAAGAAGAAGAGAAAAGGAGAUUGCACGGCUGCCAUAAAGGUUGUCCGGCUCGAGCUGUUAUCAGAUUUAAUCCUCGAAUCAAAUUGGAAGAGGGGAAGGUUUUUCUGACAUGGUACGGGAAGCCUGCAUCAUGCUGCGAAAGCCACCACAAAGCUACGAGGUUCAGGAAAUGAGCUUUAAUUCUUGGAGGAUCAAUGAAUAGAAAUGAAGUCGCAUCCCACUGGGUGACAUAUUGAGAGCCGAGACCAAUUUUAUGUGAGAGAUUAAUUUUACUCCUGUGGUUGUCAUGAAACACCUAAUUGUGCUGGAGUUUAAUGUAAGUGCCUAUUACAAAAUGACACUGUCUAUGAUGGAAAAGGAGCAACCCGUAUUCAGAGAAACUCUUGCUUUGGAAACUGCAAUAUGGUAUUUGAAAUACUGUAGGUCAGUGCACUGUGUAAAAUCACUAGCAAGGGAUGGAUGUUAUUUCUUAAGCAAAUUCAAAAACUAUGAACAGUAUAAACAUUAAAAAAAAAAAAAAAAACGAACAAAAAAACAACCAACU